CUCGAAUCUUUCUCUCCCUUUUCCUUCGUACAAUCUCUCCAAAUCUACCCACGCUCAAGCCAGCAAAAAAGAUACCAUUCGAAAUGGCAGAAGCCACAAGCUCAUCCUCCCUUCCCAGCACUACUCCCCAUGACGCGCUGGCCGCUCCUUCAUCUUCAUCCAACCCAGACACCCCCGGCAUCCCCAUAGCGAUGAUAGGUGCCUACGAGCAAGUCGGAGUCCAGCUCGCGAGGCUACUCGUGCCGGAAUUUGAUACCGUCCACCACUCCCUAAUCAAACACGCCCUCGCCGAACUCCCGCGGCUCCUAGCCGGCGACUUAGCCGUCCCCCAAGAAACCGGCAUCGGUUCCAACGCUUCCCGUAAAGCACAGGAUCGCAGAAUCCCUGUGGCGAUGAUCUUGGGCCGUGAAGUGCCAAUGGAGAUGGAGGGCCAAAUCUUAGAGAAAGUGAGGGAGCUGGAGGCAGAAAAGAAGGAUGCGCAGAGUGUAAGGCGCUCGGUGAAGUUCAUCAGAGUAGGCGCGCCGGACAAAAGCAUCAUUGGGAAAGGGGGCCCGCCGGAUGUGGGCAUGUUGGCUGAGUUGCUGAGGGGGAAGUUGAGGGAGGCGCUGGGGGGUGGGGAGGAGAGUUGA